AUGCCCACAACCCUGGUAUCGGACAAUGGAACCCAGAUCACCAGCGCUGAGUUCGCAAACUUCUGCAUGGCAAAUGGAAUAGAACAUGUAACUACUGCACCGUUCCAUCCACAGUCGAACGGGCAAGCCGAACGAUUUGUGGACACGUUCAAACGCACCGUUAAAAAAAUUCGAGAGGGGACAAAAGCUAUCGAUGAAGCCUUGGACAUUUUUCUGCUUACGUACCGGAGCACGCCAAACCGCUCCCUACAGGAUAACAAAUCGCCAGCCGAGGUCAUGUUCAAUCGUCAAAUCAGAACGUGCCUCGAGUUGCUUCGUCCACCAACAGUUCAUAAGCCGGAAUCAACUACAAAACCUGAUAAACAGCCGAGGUUUUAUAGCAAAGACGAUCCAGUUUACGCCAAGGUCUUCACUAGAAACAGUUGGAAAUGGGUACCUGGCAUCGUAUCAGAACGACUGGGAGACGUCAUGUAUAACGUAUGGUUAGAAGGCGAUCGACUGCAGCGCUCACACAUCAAUCAGCUACGAGGUCGAACCGUGACUGAUUCAGUACCAGAUCAGUUGGCAAAUCCAGGGAGCAAUUGCGAUUCAAAGCUACCCUUGGAUGUUUUACUUGAAGCCUGGAACUUACCAGAACCAGGUUCGACUACACAAGGUUCAUUUCCCACUCCUGCAACACCACCAUCUCAGCAAGCAUCCUUAUCAGGCAGAACAUUGCAACCUUCUAUUUCGCAACAAGUCCUGUGUCUAGUCCUUUGUCGUCUGGCCAGUCCCCAUCAACGUCAACAUCAUCAGCUUCAACCGAAUUUGAAUCAGCAGUUGAGGCAGAUCCGGUGGUAA